UCGCGCCGGGCUGGCGAGCCACGAGGAUUUCCCGAGGCUUGGGUCGGAGAGGUCACGGGGAGACGUUCCUAGCGUCACCAGCCUGCAUCAGAGCGCGCCUGCGGGACGGCUUAUAGAAGAAGAAUCAAUGUCAGAUUUUGCAAUUCAGGAAUGAACUUAGACAAUAUCAAUCGGGCAACUGUGGAUCGAAUAAUCCGAGUAGAUCAUGCAGGUGAAUAUGGAGCGAACCGCAUCUAUGCAGGGCAGAUGGCCGUCCUGGGGCGGACAAGUGUUGGCCCAGUCAUUCAGAAAAUGUGGGACCAAGAAAAGGAUCAUUUGAAAAAGUUCAAUGAGUUGAUGGUUGCAUUCAGGGUCCGGCCAACAGUUCUGAUGCCCAUUUGGAAUGUGAUCGGGUUUGCGCUGGGAGCGGGGACUGCCUUGCUGGGGAAAGAAGGUGCCAUGGCCUGCACUGUGGCGGUAGAAGAGUCUAUAGCUACCCACUACAACAACCAGAUCAGGAGGCUGAUGGAGGAAGACCCUGAGAAAUAUGAGGAGCUUCUCCAGGUGAUAAAGAAAUUCCGGGAUGAUGAGCUUGAGCACCAUGACAUAGGCCUCGACCACGACGCAGAAUUGGCUCCAGCAUAUACCAUUUUAAAGAGCAUUAUUCAAGCCGGAUGCAGUGCAGCAAUAUAUGUAUCAGAAAGAUUUUAAAGUAUGUCCACUUAGCUCUGUCUACAGAUUAUGAUAGUAAUUUAACAAAUGACAUUUGCAGAAAAGGAAAUGUAUAGUUUUAAUUAUAUGAAUUUCAUUAAUUAA